UUUUAUCUCCCUUCCCACACUCUCUUCAGUCUUCAUUCUACACUUUAGAACCCGUCCUUCUCUCAUGGAGAACAUCAAACACAGUCAUAUACAAGUGAAGGGUCUGAAGCUCCAUGUGGCAGAGAUUGGAACUGGGUCAAAGGCAGUGGUAUUCUUGCAUGGAUUCCCAGAAAUUUGGUACACAUGGAGGCACCAGAUGAUUGCUGUAGCCAAUUCUGGCUACAGGGCUAUUGCCUUUGAUUUCAGAGGCUAUGGACUUUCUGAGCAGCCACCUCAGCCAGAGAAAGAAACUAUGUUUGAUUUGGUUGAUGAAAUCUUGGGCCUUCUGGAUGCAUUAAACAUCACAAAGGCAUUCCUUGUUGGCAAGGAUUUUGGUGCCUGCCCAGGAUAUUUCACAGCUGCUGCGCACCCAGAAAGAGUAGCUGCUAUUAUAACACUAGGCAUUCCCUUCAGGAUUCCGGGGAAAUCUGGUAGCAGACACGAUGAACUCCCCAAUGGAUUCUAUAUUACUAGGUGGAAGGAACCUGGGAGAGCAGAAGCUGAUUUCGGCCGCUUCGAUGUGAAGUCAGUUAUAAGGAACAUCUACACACUGUUCUCUAGCAGUGAGAUACCAAUAGCAGCUGAUGAUCAAGAAAUUAUGGACUUGUUUGAUCCUUCUAAACCGCUUCCACCAUGGUUCUCUGAAGAAGACCUUCAAACCUAUGCAUCACUCUAUGAAAAAUCUGGAUUCAGAUAUCCAUUGCAGGUUCCUUACAGGAGUACCAAUGCAGAUGGCGGCUUAAGUGACCCAAAAGUGAGUGUUCCUGCACUUCUGAUAAUGGGUGAAAAAGAUUAUGUGAUCAAGUUCCCAGGCAUUGAGGACUAUAUCCGAAGUGGGGCAGUGAAACAAUUUGUGCCAGACUUGGAAAUCACAUACAUUCCAGAAGGAAGCCAUUUUGUGCAUGAACAGUUUCCAGAGAAGAUCAACCAGCUCAUCAUUGACUUCCUUGACAAACAAAGCGUUUGAUUAUUGUUCUUAUGCUGAGAGUUUGUUAUUUCUAAGCUGCUUAGUAUGACAGACAAUAGAAGCAUGUUAUUUUCAGACUUUAAACUUCCGUUUUGAGCAUAAA